AUGGAACACCACAAAUACGACAACGAGAAACUCGUCCAACGCAACCCUCACCCGGACUUCAAAUCCGUCGAAGCCUCGCGUCCAGACUGGCCCGAAGAAAACAAAUGGCACUACACCAAGAUCCGCAAUCCAGACUGGAAGUUGGGCGACGGCGCCAACGACAAUGGCGAAUCGCUGAGGAAGGAACAUGUCGAGAUUGACCCUUAUGCUGAGGGCCGCCCUGCUGUUUCCAACUACAAGUUACUCAUUUCGGCUAUCAUCCCUAGGCCAGUAGGCUUUGUGAGCACGAGGAGUAAGGAUGGCAAAAGCACGAAUUUGGCGCCGUUUUCGUAUACCCAGCUUGUUAACCAUGAUCCUCCUGUGUUUGUCAUUGGAUAUGCGGGUGGCAUGGACAAUGCAAAGGACUCGCUCAAGAACUUGACAGAGACUGGCGAGUGCGUGCUCAACAUCAUCUCUGAGCACUUCAUCGAGGCUGCAAACAGCACUUCCAUCAAUGCUCCCUAUGGAGUGUCAGAGUGGGCGUUGAGUGGCUUGACUCCUGCAGAUUGCACUCAGGUCAAGGCCAGUCGUGUCAAAGAGGCCGUCUUUGCUGCAGAGUGCAAGUUGAUGAACACCCAAGAGUUUGAGAGCAGGGCUACUCCUGGAAAGAAGACUGGUGUGCUUGCCGUGGUCGAGGGUGUCAGGUUCUGGGCUCGUGAAGAUGCUAUCAAUGAAGACAGAAACUUGAUCGAUCCUGCUAUCCUCAAGCCUGUUGCUAGAUUGGGAGGCAUCACUUAUUCGCGCAUCACAGAGGGCUUUGAGAUCCCUCGUCCUGAUUGGGAGGAGAACAAGGAAUUGGUCGACAAGCUUGCGAAGCCAAAGGUUGAUGGCCAGUAG